AGACAGAUUUCUCGCAUCCAGCUUUCUCCCUCUCUCUCUCUCUUCCCCUCUCUCUAUAAAUCUCUCGCCCAUCAUAUAUAUAUGUAUUUGCAGCGCUCAAAUCCUAUAUAAAAGAUGCCUUGUUUAAAAUUUGUAUCGCUCUAAUCACAGAAUCUUGUCUUCGGUUGUGAAUUCCUCCAACGGCAGUGAGACAUAUAAAACCCUAGAUCGAUUGAGUACGAAGGUCGUUAGGCGGAUCGGGGUUGGAGGAAUUUGAUGGCUGAUCCCCAAGGUCUGGAAGGGAACCAACCAGUUGAUUCUUCUAAGCAUCCUUCUGGAAUAGUUCCAACUCUUCAGAAUAUUGUGUCAACAGUAAAUUUAGAAUGCAAGCUAGACCUGAAAGCAAUAGCAUUGCAGGCCCGAAAUGCAGAAUUCAAUCCCAAGCGUUUUGCUGCUGUAAUCAUGAGGAUUAGAGAACCAAAAACUACGGCAUUGAUAUUUGCUUCAGGGAAAAUGGUCUGUACUGGAGCCAAGAGUGAACAACAAUCGAAAUUGGCAGCCCGGAAGUAUGCCAGAAUUAUUCAAAAGCUUGGUUUUCCAGCAAAGUUUAAGGAUUUUAAGAUACAAAACAUCGUUGGUUCAUGCGAUGUAAAGUUUCCGAUUCGACUUGAAGGCCUUGCCUAUGCGCAUGGUGCCUUUUCAAGUUACGAGCCCGAACUGUUUCCUGGACUAAUCUACCGGAUGAAACAACCAAAGAUAGUCCUACUUAUUUUUGUCUCCGGAAAGAUUGUUCUUACAGGCGCAAAGGUCAGAGAUGAGACUUAUACUGCAUUUGAGAAUAUAUACCCAGUUCUUACAGAAUUUCGGAAAGUUCAGCAGUGAUCUAUUGAAAAUUUGGUUGAUUUGGCUGACGGAAGACUGAUGAAUUGCGCGGGCGCAGCAUGUUAGAUGAAAUGUAAAUAGGCUUGGAGGGAUUGAAUUGGGCGUCGGAAUAUGAAUAUGAAGUUGUGAUGGAGCAAAGGGUUGGUUGGUUGUGAGCAUUAGAAGUAGAAUUUACCGUAUUGUUUCCAAGGAAUGCCUCUAAUUUGUAGACUCUACUACUAUACUAAUAAGUGACAUGGCUGUGUUUUCUUGAAUUGCAAUACAAUAUAAUACAACGGAGAAUUUUAGGUA